AUGGCUGCCUCACUGGUCUGUUUCGUGGCCCUCUGUGCAACAUAUCCUGUGUCCAUCAGCGGCAUCUCGGACAAGAAUCAUGAACUGCCACCCACUUUGGUGCCCGACUUUGACAGCAUAUUCGGAGAUACAGAUUCCGAGAUGACAACGAGACUGUCUGCUCUGGAAAGUGAGAUGGCGAAUAAUGAUGAGAUCACUAAAGACAUCCUCCGACGACUGGCUGCGCUAGAAGCAAGGCAAGAUGAGGAAGAUAAAGUCCUCGAGGAGAUGGAACGUGCAUCAACAGCACGGACGAAACCUGUCACGGAACCUGUCCCAACAGAUGCAGCAGCAGCAGCAGAACAGCCCCAAGAGGAGGAAUCUCCGGGAGAGCCAGAGGUGGCGCAGACAGCACCGGAAGUGAAAUCUAGAGAUGAUGUCCGAGAGGUCACUGAAAUACCACCCAAGCAGACAACAAGCGAACAGAAAGCCAAAGCAGAAGUGCAGAGACCCGAAAAGGAAAUUAAGAAAGCCUUUACCGCUGGUUGCGGUACCCCGCCACCACGGGAGGGUACAACUGUCACUCUAACCAAAGGUACCGCCGAGUACAAGUGUAAGCCACAACACCGUAACAUUGGUGGGAAGAAGACUCGAUCGCUGUGUGGAGUUAUCUCCGGCCUGUGGUCGCCCGUCGACAUCUUCUGCUCAAACUUUACAACUUGCACCAUGGUUAUUAAUAAUCGCAGUGUGUACAAAGGCACCGUCUCCACCACGAAGUCUGGGUACACCUGUCAACGCUGGGAUGAGCAGACACCACAUACGCACUGGUUCAUGACAAACCAGAGCUUCAAAAAAACCACUGGUGUUGGCCCGGAGACUCGCAGUGCGGCUUCCAACUACUGUCGGGACCCAGGCGUCAUGGUGUCCGACAAGACUGUGUGGUGUUACACCACUGACCGGGGUGUACGCUCGGAGCCGUGUAAUGUCCCGACGUGCCAGGUUUCUGAAUAAAGUCUGAAAUCGUCCUUCAGUCCACAUGUGCUUGGUUUUUAAAUAAAGUCUGAAAUCGUCGUUCAAUCCAUAUGUGCCAGGUUGUUAAAAUA